GUUGUCUGUGAUGCUUCCAUGAUAGUGAAAAAUUAGUGUGAUUCAGAUUACUAUAUAGAACUAACCUUACUAAUUUGUGGAGACCAAUUUUUUUACAAACCAAUGUAUUAUUAGUAUAUUUACUGAAUUAAAAUGGAUUGCUUUAGAAUGUAUUUAUUUUGUAUUUUUAAAUGUGUUUUGUUUUCUUUGGUUUUCGGAGAGUGGAACACAAACGAUUACCUAAAAAGAGAACAUUCUUUAUAUAAGCCAUAUCAAGGUUCCGGAAUGGCUAUCCCUUAUUGGGAUUUCUUAGGUACAACAAUGGUAACAUCAAAUUACAUAAGAUUAACACCUGAUUCACAGAGCAUGCAAGGAGCUUUAUGGAAUUCUGUGCCAUGUCAUGUGCGCAACUGGGAAGUUCAGAUCCAGUUCAAAGUGCACGGUCGGGGCAAGGAACUUUUUGGUGAUGGUAUGGCAUUCUGGUAUGCCAAGGACCGAAUGAGGUCUGGAGCUGUGUUUGGUAAUAUGGACUUCUACCACGGACUAUCUGUCAUUAUUGACACUUACAGCAAUCACAAUGGUGAACACAAUCAUGUUCACCCAUAUAUUUCGGCUAUGGUGAACAAUGGUAGCUUGCAUUAUGAUCACGACCGGGAUGGAACUCACACACAGUUGGCAGGCUGCUCCGCUAAACUUCGAAACCUGGAGUAUGAUACACACAUCUCUAUACGAUAUGACCAUGACACUCUCACAGUGUCGACAGACCUGGAGAACAAGGCUGCAUGGAAAGAAUGUUUCUCAGUAAAGGGUGUGCGACUACCUACAGGCUACUAUCUGGGCAUCAGUGCUGCCACUGGAGAUUUGUCAGACAACCAUGACAUCUUGUCUGUUCGCUUCUACGAGUUGGACAUGCCAGGCGAUCCAAAAGAUGAAGAAGAUCGAUCACAAAUUGUUCCAUCAGCUUCGUUUUUUGAACCACCUAGAGAACAUGUUGAGGACCCUAAACCAUCAUCAUGGAGUGGAGUGAAAACUUUCUUGCUAAUGUUAUUAGGGGCAAUGGUAAUUAUUGUAAUCGUAAUUUGUGGCAUCAUGUAUUACCAGAAACACCAAGAAAAUAAACGAAAGCGGUUUUACUAGUCUCAGUGGAAAUUUUAAAACUAUCAUUGUGGUAUCAUAGGUUCAUAUAAAACUUGUUUUUCUAUGAUGAUAUUUAAUUUGAUAUUUAUUAUGCACUGGUUGUAAAAAGUAGAAUUUGACUAAACGGUUUUGCUAAAAGCUAUUUUUUAAAUAUUUACCAAGUACUAUUCUUUGACUGAUUAUUUGUAACUUCAUUAUAAAAUGCUUUAAAAGACAUUUUAUUUUUAUUAUUUUGUUAUUUGCAUUGAAAUACAAAAGGUUAUUGCCAAUUAAUUAUGUUAACAUUUUUGUAGUUUAUACCUUUACUUAAAGUAUACAAAAAGUAAAGUUUUGUAAUGGAUCUGAGUCUUUAAUACAGGAAAGAAAAUUGAGUGAUUCCAGAAUAUUUGUGUUGGUGGAGAUGAUUAAAAUGUAAAAAAUAAAUUGAAAAUUUAGACUACUGAAUCCUUUUUAUACCUUCUUCAACAUUUAAUGAGAAUUUGACGUUUGUUACAUUUACCUUGUAUAUUUUUUGAGAAUCGGAUUGAGUAGACAUUUUUUAUUCAGUUUUGUUUUAAGAUAUUGGAAAUAUUGAGGUAAACUGUGAAUAGGUUUAUGUCAAGUAUUCAGUAGGAUACAAACUUUAAAUUUUGUAUUUAUCUAACCUAUAACUGAAAACAAAGACGUGAAAUUAACAUUGAAUAUGUUAGGUGUGAAGAUCACAUUGUUGACAAGCAUCACUGAUAAUGUCUCCUAACUGCCAUGUCACUCACAGCUAGAAAUCCCACAUAUUCAACAUUGUAUUGUAUUCUUAUCCUCCCGUCAUGAUACUGCCAUUUUCCUCAUUAAAAACCUAGAGAUAUAUAAUGAGUAUUGUGUAAACAUAUUAGUAUAACCUAUAUGUUCUGUGAACAAAACAUGAAUGGCUUAAUAGAUUAGUAGGGUCAUUUAAAGUAUUGAAUUAGGUCAAAGUUUACAUACAUUUUUUUGUAUCCUGACCAAGUAAAUCUCACACAUUUCACGUAGAGAGUUCCAACAAUUGUGUACAAAACUAUAAUUUCAACAUUAAUAUUCACAACUCAUUCAACAAGCUUAUUAUGAGGAUUAACAAGUAUCUUGAGUUCUUAGUUGAGCCAAAAGCUGAACCAGGUGGAUAAUGCAGGGUGUUUACAAACCCUCUGGCAGUAUUUAGUGAAUUCGUUCUUCAUUUCAAUGCAAACCAAAAAUAUAAUGUAAACAUGCAUAAAUUACCAUCUGAAUUUUCUUUUUAGAUCCUAUUCUUCAUUUCAAAAACCAGUAGAUAAAAUACUCAAAUUUGGGACAAUUAAUGUUCUUGCAGUCUCAGAUUAAGAGAAAAAUUACUACUGUAUUAUCAUAUACAACGGUGGAUGUUUAAAAUUGUUAAAGGUUGAUUAAUCAUAAAUAUCGGUCAAGAAAUAAUAUGAUCAUGGUAAUGAUACAUAAACAUGUAAACAAAGACAUUUUUGCAAUUUCAAUUUGUCAACUUCUAUUAUUGUUUCCGUAUUUUUAUAUUCUUAUUAUGUUAUUAAGCUCUAAAAACUUCCACCAUCUUCAAACAUGAUUAUAAUAUUAAUAUUUUUCUUGGUUUGUGAUGGCAAGAACAAUAAUUGUGCCAGAUUAAAGAUUUUUAUCUUUACUUGUUUUUUAAAUAAAAUUUAAAAAUCUAUAAAAUGGAUACAGAUGCAUGGUAAAUAAGCGUUUCUGACCCAUGUUUAAAUUAUGUUUGUCGUUUAUCUUGACACAAACAAAUUCCCAAAAUAUUACAUUAGUUCAUAAACAACCUGUGUGUACUUUAAAUUUCUUAGCAGCUGUAGAUUCAAUUAAUAUACACAUUUUUAAUAUGAUGCAAAUUAUUCCAUAAAAAGUACAAUCAAUUUAAUUAAUUACUAUGUUAUAAUAAUCAAUAAAACCAUAAAAUGAUCAUUAGUAAUAUUCCUUAGCCCAUAAAGUUCAAUAAUAGCAAAAAUAUGAUUAAUAGUGUAAUCAAAUAUUAUGUUUGCUGUGUUAUAUUUCAAUGGUAUUAAGUUAACCUUAAUUUAAAGCUUGUAUUUUGUUUUUGUUACAGUCCUCAAAUACAUAUCAAUCAUUAAAUUUCAAGUAGAACACAAAUGCAGAAAAUUUACUUAUGUACUAUUCUGUAAUGGAAUACAAAGGAAAAUACUUUUGUUACAUGGUAUAAAAAUUGAAACAAUUUUUGAACAACUUUUGUCAUUCUUUCCUCCAGAUGUAACACCCUAAACAUUAGUUUCAGCAAGAAAUGAGAAAGGUAAAAAAUAAAAACCAUGGGGAUUAAUAUGCCAAAGUUAAAAUCAGAUAAGUUUCAAUUAAAAGAAACACAGAUGGAACAUCACAAGUGCCACACAUGAUAAGCGACAGCAAUUAGGUGGAGACUUAUUGAUUUGUCAAUUUUCCUCUACUAAGAGAAUGGAUACCAGUUCAUAAAAGAUUUUGUAAAAUAUGAGAGCUGUCCGGAAAGUAUUCAAUAUUUUGAUAUUAAUGAAACACUAAGUUUACCAAUUGCAACCAAACUUGUCUUCAAAGUCUAUUCAUUGGAUGCUAUACACUUAUUCAAACAAUCCUCUCACUUCGAGAAGCAAGUUGCAAAGUCCACCUUUAGGAUCUCCAUUAGUUCGUCUGUUGACCUUGAUGCAUGCAGGAGUAUGUAUGCUGAAUCUGAUAACAGUAGCUGCGAGGUAGAUAAGGAGUAAUCAUUGAAUAUUGGAUACUUUCUGGACAGCCCUUCUAUAACAAUGGCAGAUGCCUGAAGUCCUGUUGGCCCUUCAAUCAUAUUAAAGCCUUCAAAACAUUCAUCAGCUUUGAUUUUAUAUCAAACUGUUAUGAAGGCUCAUAUUCAAUAUUUGAACUAUUCACUGGGGUGAAUGGGUCAUCAUUUACUGUGCUAUUCUUAAUUAAUGUGACACAUUCAUUUCUGUUUUUAGUAUGUAUUGUAAAUUGUGUACAUUAUGGUGAUAAAAGAAACUGGAGUAUUAUGGAUUGUGAGUUUUAAUGAGAUGGCCCUUUGUAUUUUACAGAAUAUAUUUACAGAUAUAUGUAUACAUACAUUACAGAUUCGAUGAACUGUUGUUGUUAAGUUGGUAAUUCUUAAAAUAUUGUUACUAGUUUAUUGUGUAUAAUAUUAACUGUAUGAAAUAAAUUUAAAAAAAUCAAGAACUUUAUGAUUGUUCAGAAAUCACAUCGAACUAUCUUAUGAUUAUUGAUUUAUUGAAAUAAAAAUCUAGCUAGCAUAAAUGUGUACUUUUUCGUUAAUUGAAUUUUAUUUACUUCAGAUGUAAAUUUCAAUGUAAUAAUCUUGAUGUUAAAGUAUCAUUUAAUGUAAAGAAAUUUAAAGAAAAAUAGUUUUUAUAGCUCAUUUUGAAACUAUUGGUGCUGUUGUCUUAUUCUUUGCUUACUUAGUAAUCUCAUUUGUUGGAUGGGUAAAAUUUAGAACAAAUAAAUGUAUGAAAUGUAUAUGAAUUUUUAAUUGUCUAUACAAAUAAAUUAUUUGAUUAUUUUUAUGUUCUCAGAUGAUCAAAAUAAAUAUAUUGUAAAGCAUAUAAAGAAGCUACUAGGAAUUCUCUAAAUAACAAAUAUUCACUGAAAAGAUAUAUUAAGAACAAAGUAAGCAAUAAGAUUUAAUAAAAAAGCAACAUGACUCAAUUGGUCGAAAGUGAUAGGAUUUAUGUUUUCGUUACCAUAAAAUAAUAUGUAGCUUUAAAAAAAGUUGAUUCUCUUCUGGUGUAACAUGUUUCCAAAUUUUAUAUACAGUAUAUGUAUUUUAUAUAUAUAUAUAUAUAUAUAUAUAUAUAUAUAUUACCAUAUAAUAAUAUGUAACUUUAAAAAAAGUUGAUUCUCUUCUGGUGUAACAUGUUUCCAAAUUUUAUAUACAGUAUUGCUGUUAUAAAAUUAUAUAUAUAUGAGAGAGAGAGAGAGAAUCUUUAUUCCAUAAAUUGACAUUACAUACUGGUAUAUUUAUUGUAUAUGAACAGCACCAAACACUACAAUACGUAUAUCUAAAAUUGCUGUUUUCUAAAACCUAUAACUAAUAUAUUUGUAAAAGUUUAAUUGAUUUAUUUUAUAUGUAUAUAUAUAUAAUAUGAUCUGAACCUCUAGCUUGGAAACAUUUUAUCACUUUACUUCAGACUGUGCUCAGAUGAUUGUUUGCUAGCUUGUCAAAUGCCAUACAAACUCAGGACUCCUGUGGCAAUAGCUGAGGUGCUGAUCAUUCAACAAAAAUAUCACCUUUAGGUUCUUACAUUAGUAAGUAGCCUUUUAUGUUUAGGCUUGCUCAGUUUUAUGGUGUAGCCUAUAGUUUCAAACUACAAUAGAUAGGAUUUAACAAAAAGAUGUUUUGACUAAUCUAGGUUGUGCAUAUUAAAUAUAACAAAAAAUAAAUAUUUUAUUACAUGCCACUGAAUGUAAUUAAGCUUUUUCAUGUCUGUACUUUUUACUUUGAAAUUCAAAAUCAUUAAAUUUCCAGCAUUAGCCUAUAUUUUAAAAUGAUAAUUUAAUAAUUUUGAGGUACAUUUUACGAAGAUCUAUGAGACAGAAAAUCAUGCCAAAAUAUACCAAACACCCUAAAAAUUAAAAACAGUCAAACAAAAAUUACAGUUCAGAUAAUGUAUUUCCAUAUAUAGUAAAUGUUUUAGUAUCAUUGAAGACUCUUGGAGCAAUUGGAAAAACUUAUAAAUAUUAAUAAAUAUAAAGAAUACUUAACAUUUCCAAUUUAUUUAUUUUUCGUGCAAGGCCUUUCGAAAACCGAAGGUUUCAUCAUCAGGCGACUCUACAAACAAAUAUUUACAUCAUUUUUAUUACAAUUAAAAUACCAUAUAUAUAAGUAAUAAUUUAAUAAAUAUAAUACCAAGUCUGUUUUUUUUAUUGUUUUAUUCUUCUUAAUAUUGUUUUACUGGUGUCUUUUCAUUAAUAUAUUUUUUAAUUUUUGGCGAUAAUGAAAAUCUUAAAACAAUUAUUUGACGAAUGGCCAUGCAAAAUUACAAUGCUACAAUAUAAUUUGUUUGAAUUAUAUAUUUUUAACAAAAAACACAUAUGAGAAACAGAAUUCAGAUAUAUGUGAUGACAUUUUUUACAAUGUUUAGUACAUAGAAUGAAUAUGAAAAGAUUAGUUUUCCUUAAAGUAUGGAAACUUCAAUAUCUUUUGUAGUAUUUGAUUGUUUUUGUCUAGUUUUUAAUCUAUUUACUCAACAAUUAAUUAUUAGUACUUUUUUAUGUGUGUGAAAAUAAGAGCUUUAUAGUGUAUUAAAUUUAUAUUUAAGUAUACAUCUGAAAUAAUUUUUUGUAAUAAAACUAUUUACAUUUCUAAACUAUCUUGAUUUGAUAUAUAAACUUUUAUUGUUGAGCUCAUGUAUUUGAUGUUAUUUAGCCUCUAACAUUUUCCAAUGUUCGUUAUACUCAUCAUUUCCAAAGAAAAUUGUUUAGGAAAACCAACCGAGACUAACAACAAUUAUUUUUAAGUCACUGUUACAUGAUUAUAAUUAAUUGCAACUAAUAAUUGCAUGUAAAACUGCAAUUAUGUUCUUGAGUCCUCUAGGACCUAUUAGAACCUCUAGAACAUAUUAAAUAAUAUGCAGGUAAAACUGUUUUGGUUGCCAGACCUGAAGAAUGAACUGUGUGUUUGUGUUUAAGCAUGUGCAUGUAGAAAAAAGUAAGAAAGCUUGAGCAGAAAGAUGGUGGACGAACCAACCUGAGGAAUGAUUAUGCAGGGAAAUAUAAUCUAUUAUCUUACCCAAGGAUAUAAAUAAAUCUAAUUUUAUCCUUACUCAUACUGUUAGAAAUAUUUCAGUAUAGAGUGGAAAAAUAGAGUUUUUUACAUACAUCUGAAACAAACCAAAUCCUAAUAUAUUAGUCAUUGUUGUAGUUGUAGGUUGUUGUAUGUUUGUUUUAUUAUUUUGACUGUCAUUACUGUGUGUAUUGAAAUAAAAUACUAUUUUGUAUAAGAAA